UCAUGUUUUGCCAUCCCGGCAUUGCUUGUUAUUCUAGGACUAGGUACAUUAUUGAAGCGUCAAACUACGAUAAAUGCCUUUCCGGGCUCGCGACGACUACACAGCCGCCUGGAUAUGUGCGCUUCCCCUGGAACUGGCCGCGGCAUGCGCAAUGCUUGACGAGCGCCAUGAUCCACUGCCUCUCGAGCUGGAUUCCCGGGACACUAAUAAUUACGUCCUCGGGCGCCUGGGACCCCAUAAUAUCGUCAUCGCCUGUCUUCCGUAUGGUGUGACGGGGACCAUAUCCGCGGCGCGAGUCGUGAAUCAGAUGCUCGCGACCUUCAGGCGCAUCAAGUUCGGCCUGAUGGUUGGAAUUGGCGGCGGCGUCCCGAGUGCACAGCAUGAUAUUCGACUAGGUGAUGUCGUCGUGGGCAGCCCAACGGGGCUUCUAGGAGGAAUCGUUCAGUAUGAUUUUGGGAAGACGGUGCAGAAUGGCCGGUUUCAGCGGACGGGGAUGCUCAACAAGCCGCCAGAAGUCUUGCUGACGGCGCUGUCCAAUCUACAAGCACGGCACUUGAUGGAGGGGCAUCGCAUCGAACACAGCAUCAAUGAAAUGGUCAAUAAAUAUCCGGUCAUGAGCUUCCAAUAUGCCCGUCCCGCCAUCGAUAAUUUGUAUCGGGCGGACUAUGAGCACCCGGAGAGCCAGCAAACGUGCGCUUCCUGUGAUGCUUCGCAACUGAUACACCGUACCCCUCGACCUCCAGGCGCCUUAGGGCUAUGUAUUCAUUACGGGCUUAUCGCGUCUGGUGAUCAGGUGGUCAAAAACGGCCAGAUGCGAGAUGCGCUGCGUCAGGAACUCGAUGUACUUUGCUUUGAAAUGGAGGCCGCUGGGCUCAUUGACAGUUUCCCCUGCUUGGUAGUCAGGGGAAUCAGUGAUUAUGCGGACUCGCAUAAGAAUGACCUUUGGCAAGGGUACGCAGCAGCCACCGCUGCGGCAUACGCAAAGGAAUUGAUGCAUGUUAUACCGACAGCCAGCAAUGAACAGCAACAUGUACAAGUCGGCGUAGUCGACAGUGUAUCGAGCGAUGUUCGCUUCCGAGUCCAAGAAUGGCUGUCGCCUGCCAGUUUCAAAGACGACCUGUACAAUCACCAGAAAGAAUACAUGGACGGCAGCUGCGACUGGGCUCUUAGCCGGCCGGAGAUUACUUCCUUCAUGAGUACGAGUCAUGAUUCACAAAUCCUCAGGAUAGGAGGGCCACCCGGCAUUGGCAAGUCCACACUCACGGCCUUUCUCAUACAACGGCUUAUCGAAGCUCGAAAUACUGUGUUCUACUUCUUCUGCAAAGACACUGAAGGUGGUAAAAGUCAUCCUUUCCAGGCUCUCCGGACUCUGGUGUCCCAGGCUCUCAGUGUAGACGACGGGCAUCGUCUUGUUGCUUGGCUGGAGAAGCUGCGUGUAGAGAGUGGACAGAAACAGGCAGAGUCCUUUGCGACGCUCGACGAAUCAUUCUGCUACGCACUUAGUGUUCUUUCCUCCAUACAAAGACCACUCUACGUUGUGGUUGACGCACUCGAUGAAUGUAAAGACGGGCUACUUUUGGUGUCUACUCUGAGCACUGCCCUAAAUGCAUCGAAAUGCCCAUUCAAGCUUUUAGUAACGGGUCGUGAAGAGCCUAGAAUCUUGGACUUCUUUCGUCAGUAUAAAGAAAAGAGAAGUGGAUCAAGGCUUGCAACAUUACGCGAGGUAACAAUUCUUCCAUCAACUGUCCAACAGCCUAUGGUAGCCUAUGUCAAGCAACGCGUCUCUCAGUUCCAGCACAUCCGGGCCACUCCCCUGGGUGAGCAGCUGUUCAGAGAAUUCUCUGCUGCAACCGAAGGAUCCUGGUUAUACGCAAAGCUCCUUCUGGAUGAGAUCGAACGCCUGCCCAGUCCUGCCUCUGUUGCCCGACACUUGAGGAGCAUACCCACGGGCCUUGUGCAGCUGUACCAUACGGUCUUAUCCACGGCUGAAAAGUCGCUCUCUCCUGCAGAGCUUAACAUGGCGCAGCAGCUCUUCAUUUGGAUUGAUUUGGAAGACUUCGUUCUGGUCGGGCGGCAAACAUUGGACAGGGAUAUUUUGGAUCUUGUCUUCCAGGCUGCAAACUCUGGAGACCAAGUUUUCAACUCGAUUGAUCUCGCACGAAAGCUCUGCUCUCCUUUGAUUAUACUCAAGUCGAAAGGAAGGGAUCAGGACACCGAUUUGAACGUAAAGAUCAGUUUUGUUCAUCACACGGCUAUGCAAUUCGUACGCCAGAGCGCUGCCCGAAAUGAACCCUCCAUGGCAGUACCGGCAAUUCUCAAGCCCCAGCUGCUCAAGACUCUCCACCGCGCAAACACCGCGAUUUGGUACUUUGAAAAGAGCGAAGAGUACCGUUGGCUGAUGGAAUAUAUCAUGGACGAUCCAAAAAACCGUCUUACGCUUAAUCCAGGCACCUACUUUGAGAUGGCAUACGCACUCUGGGGUUCAUUCUUUCUCGAGGAUCUACCGGAGUGUUUAGACGCCGACGAUAAGGAACAAGCAUCCUUACUGUGCAACAAAAUUACUGACUUCUUGCUGUCGGGUCGAUGCUUACGCUGGGUUGAAAUCGCCAUCAUCGUCAACUAUCGAUGGGGGUAUGUCAACCUUUUCGAUAAUGUCCUCAAGGCCUUGCAGGCUGCGGGGAAGUCCAUGUCAAGUACAUGUGCUCUGCCUGCAUUUCAGGUGUUCUCAGCUGCUAGGAUGGACUUCUUUGCUGAUUACUUAUAUGUGAUCUCUUGUACGGGCCCGGCCUACAAACAGAAACUGCCCGUCCCCAAAGGGUUUGAAGGGCGACCGAUAGCAGGCGCUCUAAUGAGGCUGGGCAACUCAUGGGCCCAUCUAUACACAAAUAAGCUAACUUAGACAAUGGACUCUUGCCAUAUAUUAUCUUAUUAAAUAUAAAUUUAGUUAAUGAAUCUGCAUCGGACAUAAUUUGAUGUCUUGAUUCCAUGUAUUUAUAGGCGCGGGCUCAUUGUCCAUUUCGGGUUUAGUCUCCGCUGCUUCCAC